AUGGGGAAUAGACUUCAUGGGACCUUUCAAAGCCUUCCUCAAACGGGCACAACUACAUUUUGGUUGCUGUGGACUAUGUGUCCAAAUGGAUUGAAGCCAUUCCCCUGCCCAGCCUGUGAUGCUAAGGUUGUUAUCAAACUGUUCAGAACCAUCAUCUUUCCAAGAUAUGGCAUCCCAAGGGUUGUUAUUUCGGAUGGAGGUUCCCAUUUCAUCAACAAGGUGUUUGAGAAGUUGAUGAAGAGUUAUGGAGUCAAGCACAAGGUCGCUACACCUUAUCACCCUCAAACCAGUGGGCAAGUUGAAGUCUCCAACAGACAGAUAAAGGCCAUAUUGGAGAAGACUGUGAGCUUCACUAGGAAGGAUUGGGCAGCAAGGCUUGAUGAAGCACUUUGGGCUUAUAGAACAGCUUACAAAACCCCCAUUGGAAGGUCUCCUUUCAACUUGCUGUAUGGAAAGGAUUGCCACUUACCUGUGGAGGUCGAAUACAAGGCUUUAUGGGCAGUAAAGAUGCUGAACUUUGAUAUAAAGGCAGCACAAGAAAGAGGGUAA